GCUGCCAUUGAGGAGCAAUUACUUAGUCAGUGGAAGAGGUUUGUUUGAAACAGGCCGCAAUGGAGAGACCAGCGCCCAGGGAAGCGAGGGAACAGCAGGCUCCUUCCAGCAGCACGUCGAGAUGUGAGCUUGGGCCACAGAGCAGGGUUCCGAGACCGGCAUUGAUUCGGGCUCAGUUCAGGGAGAACCGGGGGCUGUUGACAAAUAUUUGAUGGGCCAAGAUAAUGUAAUAUUUCCGUGGUACAGCACCAAGUGUGACCAGCUGCUCUUACCAAACAGCAGAUCCUGACAGAUCCUCGUUGUGUCCCACACUCACCAUUCGGAGAGAGACUAAAUGUCAUGUAUUGACAUUGUUGUAAACUACCCAAUCAGGAACAAGGCUUUCCCCCAUCCUUCAUUAGCAUUGCUGACGCCGUCAGGCUAUAAAAAGCGAGCUCCGAGCCCUAUCCUUUUUUCUGUGUCUGAAAGUGACCGUCACUAUGGCUGAUGAGAAGAAAGCGCAGCCAACUUCCAAGAAGGGCGCGAAGAAAAUCAUCAAGAAGGCGCCAAGCAAAGGCAGCAAGAAAAGGAAACGAUCCAGGAAAGAAAGUUACUCCAUCUACAUCUACAAAGUGAUGAAGCAGGUUCACCCCGACACCGGCAUCUCCUCCAAGGCCAUGAGCAUCAUGAACUCGUUCGUCAACGAUAUUUUCGAGCGUAUCGCGGGGGAGGCUUCCCGCCUGGCCCAUUACAACAAGCGCAGCACCAUCAGCUCCCGGGAAAUUCAGACCGCCGUGCGGCUGCUGCUGCCCGGGGAGCUGGCCAAGCACGCCGUGUCGGAGGGUACAAAGGCGGUGACCAAGUACACCAGCUCCAAGUGAGACACCACGUUGUGCUGAAAAAAAAAACACAACCAAAACCCAACGGCUCUUUUAAGAGCCACCCACAAUUUCACUGAAGCAGAUGAACCAUUUUAAGUUUGUAAUUGAUUUUGGGCCUGUAUAAUUGAUGUCCCUAAGCUUUGUGUUUCUUUUUAUAAACGUUCUAAAGAUUAACGUGUGGUCCCUGACUCUCUGUCCUUUAUUCUCGGUUGCGGACAUACCCAGUCUCUUUACUUUGCCUGGAUAUGUAUCGCCAAAGUCAUUUUUCAGCAACUUCUAUAUGUUCCAGUUCCUCUUUAAUCCGUGAUCAGGGCAGCAGCUACAGUGCCCCGUAGGGUAUGAUACUUGAGUUUCACCCCCGGGGGAACUAAACAAACUGAUCUAAACUAACUGUUCGAGUCUCAUGAAUAGAUUUUGCAGUUUACUCCUUUCUUUUUCAAUUUUCAAAUCUCCAUGGAGGCUUGGUCUGAUUUUUGUGGAAUGCUGUAAAUGAGGUUUUCAGCUGUCGGUGAGAGGCUUUCAAAAUGAACGGCGACAAAGCCAGAAUAGCUGCCGGAUUGCGAUACCAAGUGUGAAACUGUGGCUGAAGUCUGAUCAAGGACAAGACGGGAGGGCAACUUCAAACUGUUGUUUAAAGAUUUAACACGUUCACCCGGAACAACGUUGUUUGUGGUUUUAUAAAUAUAUCACGGUGCACUUGUAAUGUGAAAGUGAAUUAAAUUCAAAGAAAAAUUAAA